AGUAUUGAAUUAUUGCGCGGCCAUUUUUGAGUUGUGAAAUUUGGAGCUCUCUCUUUUCACUGUUGUUCGGCAGCAAACGUUGAAGCUGAAACGACGCUAUUCUGAAAAGAAAACCCAAAAACAUGCGUCUUUUCCAAACUACGCGUUUAAAACACAUCUGCAUUGGAAAUGUAACUGUGUCUAGAGUUAAGGAAUGUAACAAAACAGUGUGUGUUGUAGGUUCAAGAUGUUUGUUGGGUAUUAAGUUUUCUUGCACAGGUGUAUCUGGACCAUACCUGCAAAAGGUAAAGACAAAUAUCGGACAUGGAAGUAUACCGCUAGCUUGUACGCCAAACACAAAUUAUAACGAACACAGAAAACAUUUUAUUCGUGCAUUUUCAUCACAAUACACUUAUGAGGACGCGUUUGGCCUGGCACGUGACAAACCCGAAAAGUUCUGGAGUGGAGCGGCUCGUGGUAUCACUUGGUUUGAACACUGGACCAAAACUCUGGAUAAUACGGAUACAGUGUUUCCAAAAUGGUUUGUUGGAGGAAAGCUGAACAUGUGUUAUAAUGCUGUUGAUCGGCAUGUGGAGAAUGGAAGAGGUGAUCAAGCAGCUGUCAUUUAUGACAGUCCAGUUACCGGCACUAAACAAGUCAUCACAUACAGAGAAAUGCAGGAGCAGGUGUCCAGGUUGGCGGGUGUUCUGGUGAGGCAUGGCGUGAAGACGGGUGAUCUGGUGGUGAUCUAUAUGCCCAUGGUUCCUCAGGCUAUGUUCGCCAUGUUGGCAUGUGCCCGUAUUGGUGCCACCCACAGCCUCAUAUUUGGAGGAUUCGCCUCCAAAGAGCUCUCCGUUCGUAUCGACCAUGCUAAGCCCAAGUUGCUGGUGACUGCAUCAUUUGGCAUCGAGCCGGGCAGAAGAGUGGCGUACAUUCCCCUGGUGGAGAAAGCUCUGGAGCUCAGCACUCACAAACCACAUAAAGUCCUCAUCUACAACCGGCCCAGCAUGGAAAAGGUGUCCACACGUCCUGACCUGAGCUUAGACUGGGAGGAGGAAAUGGCCACUGCCCGCCCUCAUGACUGUGUGUCUGUCCCCGCUCAUCAUCCUCUGUACGUCCUGUACACCUCCGGCACUACUGGCACUCCUAAGGGUGUAGUCAGAGAUUCAGGAGGAUAUGCCGUGAUGUUAAACUGGACCAUGUCUAACGUUUAUGGCCUGGCUCCUGGUGAGGUCUGGUGGGCCGCGUCUGACCUUGGCUGGGUGGUGGGCCACUCAUAUAUCUGCUACGGUCCGCUUCUACACGGCAACACAACCGUUCUCUACGAGGGCAAACCUGUGGGGACUCCAGACCCUGGGGCCUUUUUCCGUGUGAUGUCUGAGCAUGGCACAGCCUCCAUGUUUACUGCUCCCACUGCUAUCAGAGCCAUUCGCCAGCAAGACCCUCAGGCAGAACACGGGAAACAGUACCCGCUCAGCAGGUUGAGGAAGUUGUUUGUUGCCGGAGAGCGCUGUGAUAUAGAGACCCUCGAAUGGGCCAAGAGGAGUUUUGGAGUCCCAGUGCUGGAUCACUGGUGGCAAACUGAAAGCGGCUCCUCCAUCACCGCGUCCUGUGUCGGCCUGGGCUGCUCUCUCACUCCCCCUGCCGGUACGGCCGGUAAAGCUGUGCCCGGAUACAACGUGACAGUGAUUGAUGAUGAUAUGCAACAGGUGAAACCAAGGACUCUGGGAAAUAUUGUGGUAAAGCUUCCUCUGCCUCCCGGGGCGGCUCUGAGUCUCUGGCAGAAUCAGGUGCUGUUUAAGAAGCUGUACUUCACCAAGUUCCCUGGAUACUACGACACCAUGGACGCAGGGUUUGUGGACGAGGAGGGCUUCUUGUACAUCAUGUCUCGGUCCGACGACGUCAUCAACGUGGCGGGUCACAGGCUGUCCACCGGCGCCCUCGAAGAGUCUGUCCUGCUGCACCCUUCUGUGGUGGACUGUGCCGUGGUGGGGCUGGAGGACGCCCUGAAGGGACACGUGCCUCUGGCUUUAUGUGUGCUCAGGAAUGACUGUCAGAAGAGUGAAGAAGCGCUGGCGAACGAGAUGGUGAAAUUGGUGAGGGACACCAUCGGGCCGGUGGCGGCUUUCAGGAAGGUCGUCUUUGUCAAAGCUCUUCCCAAAACCCGCUCGGGAAAAAUUCCACGAUCGUCUCUCGCUAACCUGGUGAACGACAAGCCUUAUAAGAUCAGUCCCACCAUAGAAGAUCCUGAGGUGUUUAAGGACAUUGAGAAGAUGCUGAGAGAAACUGUGAAACAACCUGGUAAAUAAUUGACCACCAGAUAUGGAUGCACAGAUACACACACACAGGCACGCACACACACACAGCCACUUUCCUCUGUAAGAUGUGAGAUUCUGUGAAGAUCUGCAUUAGAGAAAUGUGGUUUCCAAUAGAUUGUACUUGUUACUAUGCCAUAAUAUUUUUUAAUAAUAAUAAUGUGAUACUAAAUUGUAAAGAAAAAAGAAAAAGAAAAAAAAAGAGUCAUAGAUGGUGUUAAUAAGAUCAUUUCUAUUUGUUUAUAGUUUUGUAUUUGUUGGACCAAAUAAGCAACAUGUUUAGAUAAGUCAAAUUGGUGAAUGUUACAAAAAUAUGUCUGGGUCACAUUUAUUUUACCCCAAUAUCAAGAGAAAAGACAAACAACAAGGAGUUAGUUUUAUUUUGUUUUGUUUUUCUAUUGUAAUGUACAAUAUCACCUGUGCCAGUGUUAAAGUUUUAAAGGUGUUAUUCAUGUUGUAGUUUGAUUAUGCCCAAAAAAAAAAUAUAUAUAUGUAUAUAUAUUGUUUUUCUCUUUUUUUAUUGGUAAAAUAUAUGUCCUUGACAGUUUUUGUGAGAUUCACCCUGCAACGCACCGCACUAUAAAUAAAUGAAUGGAUCAAUCAAGGUGAAAUGUAAUGUAUUGUAGUACUAGCAUAGUGUCAGUUUAAAGAAAUGCACUGUAAAAAGAUUUCUGACAAUGAUUGUUAUAAAGAAAACCUAUUUGACUGUA